AUGUACACAAGCGGUCGAAAUCGAUACGAACGGGUUAGAUAUGGCGCUAGAUUUUGCAGCUACCUACAAAAUCCUGGUACUGGGCGAUUCGAACGUCGGCAAAACGUGCAUCGUCCAUCGCUUUUGCGACGAGCGCUAUUACGAGGCUUACAUUUCCACCAUCGGCAUAGACUUUAAGCAGAAAAUAAUUAAUCUGGACGGUGUCCCGAUAAAGCUUCAGAUUUGGGACACCGCCGGACAGGAACGGUUCCGUACCCUGACCACGGCCUACUACAGGGGCGCCAUGGGCAUCCUGUUGCUCUACGACGUCACCAACUUGGAAUCGUUCAAUCACAUAACUUACUGGCUACAAAAUAUCGAAGAGAACGCGUCGCCGCAUUGUAUAACAGUGCUCGCCGGGAACAAAUGCGAAUCGAAUGACAGAAUAGUAGAUAGCGAGAGCGGGCACAAAAUUGCCGAACAUUUUGAUUUGCCAUUUUUCGAGGUUUCCUGCAAGGAUAAUGUGAACAUAGACGCGUCGUUUAUGUGUCUGGCGAGAAAGAUCCGCGAGAAAAGAGAGCAGAAAGGCUACGCGUUGGCGGAUCCUGUACCCGACGACCACACUGACCUCCUGAAAACCAAAUCCGACAUACAGAUCCGAGGUUGCUCGGCAUCCUCUUGCUAAAAGUAGCCCGUAGUUUUAGAGGUCAGUGCAUCAUCUAGCGAAUCAUGGAAACAAGAAGGUGAUUAUUGUUGCGCCUACCUACUUUGGCACCCGCUCAUGUUUAAUUUAAUAAGAAGACACUGCCUACCAUCACU